AUGCCGAAACACACUUCUGUGAAAACACGAGUAACAGAACAGACACCUCAUCUCCGAGAAGGUACUCCGGGCGUUGGGAAAACCACUCUCGGAAAAGAACUCGCGUCAAGAGCCGGGAUGACCUACAUCAACGUGGGUGACAUGGCAAAGGAAGGAGAACUGUAUGAAGGUUUUGAUGAGGAAUACGGUUGUCCGAUUUUGGAUGAAGACAGGGUAAUUGAUGAACUGGAAGAUAAAAUGAGUGAGGGUGGAGUUAUUGUCGAUUAUCAUGGCUGUGAUUUUUUCCCUGAACGGUGGUUUCAUAUAGUAUUUGUACUUCGUACGGAAAAUUCAUUUCUGUAUGACAGACUUGAAAGCAGGGGCUACAAAGGCAAAAAGCUGCAAGACAACAUUCAGUGUGAAAUUUUUCAGACACUUUAUGAGGAAGCUAUGUCAUCAUAUAGAGAGGAAAUUGUGCACCAGUUACCCAGCAACACUCCAGAAGACCUAGAGAGAAAUUUGGAUCAGAUUAUGCAAUGGAUUGAGCAAUGGAUGGAGGACAACAAUUGA